AUCAGAGGCGCGCUGCUGUUUCUUGCUUUUCAACAGUAUGGAAAUAGAGAGGCCGCUGGAGAGCAACUAAUAGGACUAUGAGGACGAGAAAUCGGGAGUCAACAAAGACACUAGACAAAGGAGAGCUCCCUUUCUAUAAAAUCACUCCAUAACGGAGCAAACAAAGCACGACAACUGUUUUGACACUUCCAUUGUUAAGUGGUUAUCGCCAUUUAAAGGACACGGGACUGGACUGGACUGGACUCAACUCGCUCUCCGUGGAUCAGUUGGGAAACAAAACUGGAGUCUUGAAAAUCCUCUGAUUUGCUUCUGUGAGAAUGGGGGAACAGCCACUAUACAGCGUGAAGGCGCACGUCUUCCAAAUUGACCCGGCUACUAAACGAAAUUGGAUUCCAGCCAGCAAACACGCUGUCACCGUCUCCUUCUUCUUUGAUGCCGGCAGGAGUGUGUAUCGCAUUAUCAGUGUAGGAGGCACUAAGGCCAUUAUCAACAGCACAAUCACACCUAAUAUGACUUUCACAAAAACAUCACAGAAGUUUGGUCAGUGGGCAGACAGCAGAGCGAACACUGUGUACGGCCUUGGGUUUUCCACUGAGCAGCAACUUCAGCAGUUCUCAGAGCAGUUUAAAGAAUUUAAGGAGGCCGCACGGCUUGUCCGGGACAAAUCACAGGAGAAGUUUGAGCUGUUAAGUCCUGGCCUAAACAUCUCUGCUCCACAGCUGCCUCAGGCACUAUCUGUGGAUCGCCAGUCUCCACCGCUGCUUGGUGUCAAUGGCUCUAGUGAGGAUAAGCUGUUCCGCAGUAAAAGCGCUGAUAUGGAGCAGACCACGGAAAAAGAACAGAUGAGAAAGAUGCUAUCUGAAGGGUCAAUUUGUGAGGUAAACUCAGAGGCCGAGCUGUUUUCUCUUCGAGACAGCAACACUAAGCUGGUAGCAGCUCUUCAUGAUGCUAACAGCAGCAUUGAACAAUGGAAAAAACAAUUAGCCGAGUAUCAAGAAGAAACAGAACGCCUCCGAGAGCAGGUUGCGGAGCUGGAGGCUCAGAGCGGGGUUUCUGCUUUCAGUGAGAUGGGGAAUGAGGAGCUCACACAGUCUAUAGCAGAGAUGGAGGCUCUUAUCAAAGCUAAAGAUGAGGAAAUAAAGGUCCUGCGAAACAACAAACCAGACUUUAGUGAACUGGAGAAGGAAAAGCAAGAGGCCAGUCUAAGGAUGCAGGACUUGGAAGCUAAGAACUCUGAGUUGGAGAAACAAGUUGAAACAGCGGAGAAUGCCUUAGCUUCUUCUAAAGAAGCCCAGAGCAGGGCAGAAACGGCGGUGCAAAAGGCCAUUGAAACACUAGAUGUCAAAAUCUAUGACUUAAAUGACCUUCGACAAAACCUGGCCAAGCUCCUGGACAAAUGACCACUACAUUUGGACAAAUAUUACAUGGUAAAACUGCAGUUUUGAGGUUGAUAAAAACUUUACUGGAAUCUUCCCCAGCUGCACAAGUGCACAACGAUUCAUCAUGGUACUAGACUGGUAAAAAAAAACUCAAGACGUGAAUAAGUAGCAUGACAAGCUAUUUAGGAGAAUAUUUGCACCCACAUUCCAUAUUUGCUUCCCGAGAGCCGAGAUUAAUGGGUGUAACUAACAAAUUUCACAUGACGACCAGAGCCUGUUUGCUUAAAUUAGUCAUGAGGAAAAUCAUAUUGAAAUUUCUAAAAGAAUUUAAAGCUAUAGUUCACCCAAAACUAAAACUUCUGUCAUCAUUUAGUCAUUUGUUUCAAAUCUUUAUCUCUUCAGCUGAAUACAUAAGAAAGCUGGAAACCUGAAAUCAUUGAAUUUCAAUUUUUUUUUCUGCUAUGUAAGUCAAUGGUUACAGGUUUUCAGCAUUCUUGAAAAUAUCUUCUUUUGUGUUCAGAAGAAAGAAAGAAAUUUGUAAAAGUUUGGAACCACUUCAGGGUGAAUAAAUACUGAGCAAAUAAAAAUUUUGGGGUGAUCUGUGACUUUAAGACUUGGUACUAGAUUAUGAAAAUAGCUGAAGUUGUUGUUGAGUUCUGUGAUUUGGUUAUGACUAGUUUUCUAAAGCAAAACUUAUAAGACUUCCCUAACACAAAUUAACACAGUUAGCUUUAUGUUAAAACAACAAGUGAAACAAACAUGCUAAAAGCAUUGGCAAAAUUUGCAUGUGAGAAAACAAAUCAUCAAUUACUUUUUGUCCACAGGAAAAUGUUCUCAAACCACAUUUCAUAUGUUUCACAUGUGAUUUUUAAAAGGACAGAUCACCUAAAAAUAAGCAUUCUGUCAUCAUUUACUCAUUUAUUUAGAAUUAAUCAUCAUAUACACAUGAGUUUCUUUAUAAACUUAAAAGUAGACAUUGGGAAGAAUGUUGAAAAGUAUCAGCUAUUGACUUAAAUAGUGUUUUUAUUUCCUAUGGAUGUCAAUAGUUACCAGUUUCCAACAUUCUUCAAAAUAACUUAUUUUGUGUUUAGAAGAAGGAAAGAAACUCAUGAAGGUUCAAAACCACUUGAGGGACGGUAAAUACAGAGCAAAUUUCAAUUUGGGGCAGUCUGUGACUUUAAGACUUGGUACUAGAUUAUGAAAAAAGCUGAAGUUGUUAUUGAGUUCUGUGAUUUGGUUGUGACUAGUUUUCUAAAGCAAAAUAAAUAAGACUUCCCUAACAGCAAAAAAAAAAAAAAACAGUUAGCUUCAUGUCAAAAUUACAAGUGAAACAAACGUGAAAUGUUUUGGCAGAAUUUGCAUGUGAAAAAACAAAUCGUCGAUCACUUUUUGUUCACAUGAAAAUCUUCUCAAACCACAUUUAAUGUGUUUCACGUGUGAUUUUAAAAGGACAGAUCACCUAAAAAUGAACAGUCUAUCAUCAUUUAAUCAUCAUUUACUCAUAAUUUGAGUUUCUUUCUUCUGUUAAACACAAAGGAUGAUAUUGUGGAGAAUGUUAAAAAACAGCAGCUCCUGACUUCAAUAGUGUUUUAUUGCCUACAGUAUAAAUGCCAUUGUUUACCAGUUUCCAACAUUUUUCAAAAUAUCUUCUUUUGUGUUCAACAGAAAAAAGAAACUUCUACAUAAUAAAUCUUCAUUUCUUUUUGGGUGAACUAUCAUUUUAAUGUGAAGUAAUAUGUUUUUUUCUGUAAGAGUUUGAAAAAUGUUCUGCGAAUAUAAGCUCCUAUUCAAUGUAUUAACAAGUGUUAUUGUUAGAAACAUGAUUAGAACAGAAGAAAUAAUAAAAAAAAAAUCUCUUUACGAACACCAGCAUGGCUCUGUUAGGACGUUUAAGUGAUUUAAUGGCUUGUUGAACUUCGUUGCUCUUACAUGCCUCAUAAAUUAGCUUAAUGUAGGACUCUGUAAUUGACAACUAGAGAAAGGAGGAAAUCUAAGCACACGGCACUAACAAAAAAACAUGAUAUUUCUCUUAGUAACAACUGCUAACGAGGGAAUCGUUACCUUAACUUCCCCUUUUCAUUCAAUUUAGCUUUCACUGUCAGAUUCCAUUAGUUCAAAAUGGCACUUCUAACAGCAAUGACCCUUUAGGAAAAACACUUUCGCCUUUUUAUAAACCACUAUAAUUUGCAAUACCUCAGCAUGCAUCUUUAUACUAAGUAUUUUUUCUUCUUGUUUCUGAAAAUGUGUUUUUAGCCUGUUAACUGUUGAGUUUACCUUGCUUGGACAUCUGUAUAACCUCAAAGACAGUUGCACAUUUGCUAUUUUUCUAUUGUGUGCCUGCUGUUUGUGGUUUUUAUAUGAAUUCCCAAUAAAAGUAUUUGCUUCA